AUGGCUUCACGGAGAAUCGUUUCGUCUCUGAUUCGAUCAUCCCUCCGUCCAUCUCGUUCCAAAUCAUCCAUCACUGCUUCAACAUCGCGCCUCUCUUCUCAAUCACGUCCAUCUCCAAAUGCAUACAUUCUCAACCGUCUAACUGAAUAUGCCACAGCCGCCGCGGCUAAACCAGCUGGACCUCCCGCUCCUCCUCCUUCUAACAAACUUCCUGCCGGUGAUGGAAAGAUCACCGAUGAGUAUACUGGUAAAGGUGCAAUCGGGAAAAUUUGUCAGGUCAUUGGUGCUGUCGUUGAUGUCAGAUUUGAAGAAGGUUUGCCUCCGAUUAUGACUGCUCUCGAGGUUCUAGAUCAUUCUUCACGGUUGGUUUUGGAGGUUGCACAGCAUUUGGGUGAAGGUAUUGUGAGAACUAUUGCUAUGGAUGCUACUGAAGGAGUUGUUCGAGGGUGGCGCGUUCUCAAUACCGGAUCUCCCAUCAGUAUUCCUGUUGGCAGAGCUACUCUUGGACGUAUCAUGAAUGUUAUUGGAGAACCUAUCGACCACAAAGGCGAAUUCAAAACCGAGCAUUAUUUGCCCAUUCACAGAGAAGCUCCUCCUUUUGUUGAGCAAGCAACUGAACAACAAAUCCUUGUUACUGGUAUCAAGGUUGUUGACCUGCUUGCACCAUAUCAAAGAGGAGGAAAAAUUGGGUUGUUUGGUGGUGCUGGUGUAGGGAAAACUGUGCUUAUUAUGGAACUUAUCAACAAUGUUGCAAAGGCUCAUGGUGGUUUCUCUGUUUUUGCCGGUGUUGGUGAACGAACCCGAGAGGGUAAUGACUUGUACAGAGAAAUGAUUGAGAGUGGUGUCAUUAAGCUGGGUGAUCAACAGGGCGAAAGCAAAUGUGCUCUUGUGUAUGGUCAAAUGAACGAACCCCCUGGUGCUCGUGCCCGUGUUGGUCUUACUGGUCUUACCGUCGCUGAACACUUCCGCGAUGCUGAAGGACAAGAUGUGCUUCUUUUUGUUGACAACAUUUUCCGCUUCACUCAAGCAAAUUCAGAGGUGUCUGCUUUGCUUGGUCGUAUUCCAUCUGCCGUUGGUUACCAACCAACAUUGUCUACCGAUCUUGGAGGUCUUCAAGAGCGUAUUACAACCACCAAGAAGGGUUCAAUUACCUCUGUCCAAGCUAUCUAUGUGCCUGCCGAUGACUUGACAGAUCCUGCUCCUGCUACCACAUUUGCUCACUUGGAUGCUACAACUGUGUUAUCAAGACAGAUUUCUGAGCUUGGUAUCUAUCCUGCUGUUGAUCCAUUGGAUUCAACAUCUCGUAUGCUUUCCCCACUUAUUUUGGGUGAUGAACACUACCAAACUGCUCGUGGUGUACAACAAGUUCUUCAAAACUACAAGAAUCUUCAAGAUAUCAUUGCUAUUUUGGGAAUGGAUGAGCUCAGUGAAGAUGAUAAAUUGACUGUUGCUCGUGCCCGUAAAAUUCAACGUUUCUUAAGCCAACCUUUCCAUGUGGCAGAAGUCUUCACUGGUGCCCCAGGCAAAUAUGUUGAAUUGAAGGAGAACACCAAAAGUUUCCAGGGUGUGUUGGAUGGCAAAUAUGAUGACCUGCCUGAGCAGGCAUUUUACAUGGUUGGUGGUAUUGAUGAAGUCAUUGCAAAGGGACAGAAGAUUGCUAAGGAAAAUGAAACGUCUUAAUCACAAUUCACACAC